UAGCAGAAAAUAUCAUAACCUUGCAACUGGCAAAACAGCAGACACACACACACGGGAUAGUCUGGAUUCUUCCAAACAGACACUACAGACAUUGUAACGAGCUGAUUCACACUGCAUGACAACACCAGGAUGCAUUUAGACACAGAUUCAGCGGAGCUGGACUCAGAGCAUGCUCAGAAGGUCCCAGAGGCGGAGUCAGGACAGCAACAGGUGAAGUUGAAAGACAGGCAGAAGUUCUUCGAGGAGGCGUUUCAGCAGGACAUGGAGCAUUACCUGUCCACCAGCUACCUGCAGAUCGCUGAGAGGAGAGAGCCAAUAGGAAGCAUGUCUUCCAUGGAGGUGAAUGUGGACAUGCUUGAGCAGAUGGACCUGAUGGACAUGUCUGACCACGAGGCCCUGGACGUCUUCCUCAACUCGGGAGCAGAGGACAACAGUGUGGCUUCCCCCAUGUUGGAACCGGACGUGGAGUCAUUCGGAGCAGAGAUCACGCUGCAGGUCCCGACGCAGGCUGAGCUGAGGCACAAACUCGCCUCGCUUUCUUCCACUUGCACCGACUCGGCCAGCCAGGACACCCAGGAAGAAGAGGGCGAUGAUGAAGACGAGAGGGGCGGAGUCAAGGAUGAGGGGGAGAAGGUCCAUGCUGACGUACAAGCAGGACAAGAUCAGUCCUCCAAGAACUGUGCGAACCGUGAUUCGUCCUUAUAGACAAACGAUCCACAGAAAUAUGGUUUUUAAAACUGUGUGCCGAGUCCUCGGUGUGUGUGAAAGUGUUGUGUGUAAACAGUGUUUUGAGGUUUUGUACAGAAAUCCCCUGGUACGUGCCAUGCAGCAUUUAUCUGAUCCUCUUAUUAUUAUAAUAUCUUCCACUGCAGCUGAUGCGGCCACCUGCUCGGUUUAUAGAAAAACCAUCACCUGCACCAUCACUCACCGUGAUUUUCAUUACUGUUAAUUAUAAUUAUUAAAAAAAAAAAAGUAAAGGUAAACUGCAAACGGUGUGACCUUGUGCCUUGUCCAUGAAGUCCCAGGACAGACCAGAGGCACUGAUGUGCACCUUCAGUCAACAUUUAUUUACUUUUUCUAAUUUUUUUUUUUUUUUGGAGUUUAGAGACUACACAGAGUUAACGCGACAUGAAAUCUGUACCAAGUGUGAUGGGAAAAAAACCCUCACACACACACACACCUUUAAAAUAUAUAUAUCAGUGUUUCUCAAAACAGUUCAUGAAGCACAUCCAAGGGGUCUGUGAUUUAUCUAUUUAUUUUUAAAUUCUGCUCCAGUGGUGGAAAUCCUCAUCCAACAUUCUAAUUAUCAUUAUUCUAUCCACAUUCACUGGAUAUGAGCAAUCACACGCUCUGACUGGCUACUCUACUACUAGGAUAUCAGCUCAUAUACCGUGAGUAGAGAAAAAAUGGCGGAACGUGUUGCUGAACCAACCGAGGACGAAAUAAAAAACUCUACUCGAAAACAAAACCCCAAAAAAUACAAAAAAAGCAACAAAAUAUGGAAUAAAAGUAUUUGAUGGUAAGAGUGAAUCUUUUUUACAAUUUAAGAAUUAUUAUCGCAUUUUUCACAAACUGCU